AUGAAUACCUCGUGUUAUUCGUGUAGGGAAAGUAUCAAGCGACUGAAAUUACAUAAAAAGCACAUUAUUGAAAAACACUACGACCGUACAGGUGUUGAUGACAUCUCUGUAUUCUAUCCCGACAUUCCUCUACCGAUGGUGUUUGAUAAAUUCAAGGAAAACCUUCGGGCAGGCAUCCUGAAAGGAAAAUUUGAUCGUCGAUUGAGAAGAUUAAUAUAUUUCUUUCGCCUCGAUUUCGUCGUGGAUAAGACAGUUGACAGAGUAAUGAAAUUCAAGUUGUUAGGAACUUGGCUUAGUGAGAACGUUGCAUGGACAGAACAUGUAAACGAGGUCACAUCAUCAUGGUAUAGAGUGCUAGCUACUCUCAGGAAGAUCAAGAAUAUGACAUCACAACAGACUAAGAAGUCUCUUGUUCAAAGCCUCGUGCUAUCCAGACCUAACUUUAAUGACUCCGUCACUUAUCCCCUUACCGCAUUUCUGCAGAAAAGAGUACAACGCAUUCAGAAUGCUGCUGCUGGCUUUGUCUUGAAUCGUUUCUGCUCAGAAAGAGACGUUCUAGAGCUUGGCUGGCUACCUACACUGGAAAAUACGCAAUUAAACUUUCUUAAGCUUAGACAUCGAGCUCUUGUUAGUGCGGCUUGGCCCGAAUACCUUCAACCACCUAGGCACAAUCUCCAACAUACACUACGCUCUAGUAAUGCGCCUUUGAUAAAAAAUUCUCUAAUUAAGGGUACUUUACAGGACUCACUAGCGACUUUAUUCAAUGCCCUACCCGCAAAUGUAAGGCAGUAUCCAGACUUCAAUACUUUCGCAAAUAAUUGUUGUACAAUUCUUAAGAGCAGCGAAAACAUGCGUUUAAACUCAUAA